CAAAAUGAGAAUUGCCUUAAUUACCGUGUUUACUAUUACAACACUAGUAAUGGGACAUCCCAUUAACAAUGAGGUGGCUAAUGCAAUACGGCAAGUAUUCCGCAAGGUUAUUAGUGCCGUGGAUAUGAACAUAGAUGGCCGAAUCACUGAGGAAGACAUUGAUUUAUUCAUCGAGAACGUCGGCACGUCAAUAAACGACACAAAUGCAGAAAGUUUAGUUGAUAAGGUUGACAUACGUGGACAAGGACAGAUUACAUUUCACACACAGAGGAAUAAAACAUUUACGAUUAAUCUUUUGCCUGAAUCUACAUAACCGUGUACCUCAGACAAUAUUUGUGAAUGUGCA